AUGAAAAGUCCGGAGCCUGAGAGCGCCCCCGCCAGAGCAGCGGCCAAGGCUGAGGAGGGAGCUGGGACUCGAGACCCUGCUCCACCCUGCCGGCUCCCGCUCGGCCCCGUCACCUGGCAAGCCCCGGCAUCUUCGACCCACGUCCGUGGCGCGGCCUGGGUAGGAAUGCGCCUGAAGACCGCGCAGGACACCACCACCGGGCAUCCUGGGCUUGAUGUAAGUGGCCGGACCCGCGUGGGGCACGAGGUGGGGAAGCGCCUCAGUCCAGCGCGCGCGUCCGCCACCUGCGACCACGGAGCUCCACACCCUCUGCACGGUCCCUGGACCUCCUUCAAGUGGGUUCAGUCCAGAUCGCCCCCUUCAGCCACAAAGGGCAUCUCUAGCUCAGACCCCCAGCAAUUUUCACAUCCUUGGGUGAUUCCGGCUGCUUUUUGCACAAAACCGGCUCCCGCGCGGUUCUGUGGGUCCAGGGCUCGGCGCACCUGCCUGGCCGCCCUCUGCCCUACCCCGCAGCCCCAGGUCCUGACUGCUCGCCCAUCUCCCUCUGGGUGGGGUCUUUGCCCUUGGGAGAGUCGCCGGGGAGUCUCGGGAUCACCCUCCACCCCGCCGCCAGCCACAGGCUUCCCUCUGGGCCUCGGGGUUCCCCGAUGCUGGGGUUCCCGUCCCGGGCUUCGCGGCCGCUCCCCUGUAGUCGGCAGCUCGAAGCAGCUCUGCGAGCUCGGCCCUGCCGCACCCACGCGGAGCUCACACCCGACCUUCCAGAGAAGGGUGUGGACACCGUGGGAGGUUGGGGAGGCCUCGGCCUCGGCCCCUACGGUCUUCCCGGGUGGCACGAAAGGCCCUGAAGCCUUUCCACCAGCACCGGCGGAACCCUGCUUCUGCACGGAGGUGGAGGGAGCGGGAAAUGGGCGGUCAGGCUUAGGGCUGCUUGAAUGCAGCCUAGAUUCCCGACCUCAGAACUGUCGGCGGUAGCAUCCUUUCCUCGCCUUUUUGAGGUCUCGUCGUGCUAGUGCGUGAGGUCCAGGAUUCCAUCUCUUCGCCUCCACAACACGCGCGUCCCCCAUCCGCCGUCGAGCGACUCGAGACUGCGGAGGUCCAGGCGGCGGCCGGGAGGCUGCGUGGAAGAGGAGGCGGCGGCCAGGAGGCGGGGUUGGUUGUUAUCUUUGGUUAUCUAGCUGUAUGAGUGGUGUGGAGUCUUCAUAAAGCUAGAUAACCGAAAGUAAAAAUAACCCCAUACACUGCGCAGAGGGCCUGGAACGUUGGUGGCGGCAGAGCUGCAGGAGGGAGAGCCACGCCAGGCGUCCCUCAAGGCUGGAGGGCUGGGGGAGGGGGAGUCGUCGUCUUCAAGGGUUGCUCAGCUCAGCCACCUCGCGAUCCCCACCCGUGACCUGCUCAGCUGGGAAGAAAGCAAGAAGCCGCUUUGGGGUCGCCUCUGGAGGCCUGGUCAAAAUGGAGCAGUCCGGGCCUCAGUCCGGGGUGGGGGAAGCUGCUCCCGGGAGAGACAGAGCCCUUGGAAUCUAGUUGAAGGGUUGGGGGGAACGCAGAAGAACCCCUCCCCCGGCCUCGACGCCUCUUGGGAGCAACGGUGGGUGGCUGGUGUGGGCAGCUUCCCUCUGGCUCUUCGAAGCGACUGGGGGAGUUCGUGGUUGUAGGAUAUCUCUAGAAAGCUGGCUUUUGCUUUGGUGGGCUCCCUGAAGCCCUUCAGCUUUACUGGGAGCCAAGAUAGUCCAGGUGGGAACAGGUCUAGGAGUGGGGACGGACGGCUUAAAAUAAACACACACAACGAACUUAUUAGGGAGAGUGGCGAUGCAGAAACAAAAUAACGCACAAGGGCAAGGGCCUAAGUGGCCAGAGACCUUUAACCCCACGGGAAUUCUGGGACCCUGGGACCCAGAUUCGUUGCUUUCAGGAUCAGAGUUAAGUCUUACCGGACUCCCUCGGGCUGCUUUGUGGUUAAUGGCUGAAGGUGUAGAGGCAGGGUGGGGCCUUUAGAGCGUCUCACCUUUCAGGUCCUAGCCUCACUCUUGGAAAUCUCGGCCCAGAAGAACAAAUGGCCCCGAGGAGCUCCGAGGAGCUCAAACACAAAGGAAUGUGUAGCUGUGUUGCCCAGAGAAAGCAGAGAAUUAGAGAGAUUAAUUGGGCUCCUGUAAAAAGAAUCUAUUUAUCUUGCCUGACCUAAAUAUUUUAGUGAAAGAGGGUUUCUAGAGCUGAGAAGAUGGUCUAACACACAUGGCCAGGGCUAGGAAUCCCCUUCUGCUCUCAUGGCUCUGGACCGAACUUGACCAGCUGGCACUUGGAGACCAGGGCUGAACCGACUAAUAAGAGGCAGAAAACUGGGCAAAAUGUCAUCACCCAGACUCCGGUGGUUCUUAUAAAUUUAAAAUUUCCUCCCAGGACCUGAUUUUAUAGCUAGAAGAUAAUGAUUCAAUUUUGUAUUCCAUGCGGGAAAUAUUGGAGACUCCAAAUCCAAAUUCUGGGACUGUAGGGAACCUAUUGCCCUUGCGUGUCUCCUUCAGCAUCUUCGGAGGGAGAAACGAGGGGCCUCCUA